UCUGCGCCCACCUGCCUACUCUACCAAGGUAUUGGUUCCUGAGCCGCUAGGAGCUCCGACACGACAAGCCAUUCAACCUUUGCUAUCGCAACAAUUUCUCGACUCGACCGCACCCAUCGAGUUCAUCACUGAAUCCGCAUUUGCCAACCCCACGCACUAUACGCAUAGCUUCCUUCCGGUAACAUGGGCGAAAACCAGCCUACCGCCGCCACCACAGCGUCGCAGCCGGCGCCGACGAUGCAGAUGUACAGAGAGGAGCAGGCUCGUUUGAGGCAAAUGCUGGAUAAGAGAGCUGUCAUCGCCAAGAAGCUUGCCAACAUCGAGGCCGACAUUGAACAGAAGGAGACUGCAUACCUCGAGAGCACUCCGAACGGGAACAUCAUCGCCGGGUUCGACAACUACAUCAAGGGCACGGGCGCAGCCGCCCACCGCCGCAAGGCUGGCGCCACAGAACAGAACCGCGUCUUCUCGCGAUCGUCCAUCUCGUAUCGUCCUGGCAGUGAAGCCACGACGCCCGGCUCGACUCCCGCAUCCCACGCGCCCACUCCCUUGUCUACUUCCUUCAAGGACGGCUCCGGCUCCAACCACGCCACGCCAACGUCAGCGACAGCUUCCAAGUCAGGAAAGAAGAACAAGAAGCAGAACGAGGACGACAGCGACCACGACUCCCAGGCCCCGAACAAGAAACGCAUCAACUUUGGAGCCGGGCGCAAGUGAAUUGGCCCGCGCACAUCAUUAGUCAAAAUUUACGGGUUCGUGUCGGCAGCCUACCAAGGCAUUUUUUUCAUUAACGAUUUUACGACCACUUCGGGGAGAUCAUACACUAGAUAUCUUCGAGAUCCAACCACGGCGAUCUUGAAUUAUGUUUACCACGAUGAAGUCUAGGAUUCCUGUCAACUUCUAGGAGUGGCAUUCUAUGGUCACAAGAGGAAUUUUCCCCCCCUUCCCAUGACUCGGAGA